AUGAGGUAUUCUAUCAAUUAAUUUUCCCUCUCGAGCGAAAAUUCUUCUAAUUUUGAACAUCAAACAGUGCUGUGGGAAAAAUAAAUGAGAUUGGUUGAAAAUACUUAAUUUCCGUUAGAAGAAAAUUAAAGUUGUAUUGGAACGCUUUCUCUCAAAUUUCUGACGGAGAAUUUGGAAUAAAGUUCGGGAAAAUAUAUGUUGAAUUAUUUUUUAUCAGUUAAAGGACACAAAUGACAUGCCAAAACUAUUUUUCAUUGCUUUACCGAAAAACAAGAGAAAUUGAAUAACAAUACAUUUCACAGCCAGUGGUUCCAAAAUUUUGCUUUUACGUUAAAUUUUCGUCAACUUUUAAAAAAAGUUAACUAACAACGUUUUAGAAAGAAUUUUUUUUCUGUGAUGUUUAAGGCGAAGGAAGAGCUCUUUCUUCGUCUUAAAUAUCACAGGAAGGCUUAAGGAAAGCUUGUAAAGUUGUGUGAGUUUUAGGGUUUAGACAAUGUUUUUCAACAGAUCGAUAAAUAGAGAUGGAUCUCAACAUCUUAAUUCUUUUUUUCUCGAAUUGAAAUUCCAAAUUGCGGAGAUUUUUUUCAAAGUUCGGAAAAAUCGCUGAGAUUAAGUCGUCUAGAAGCAAAUUUUACAAAAAAAAUAGAGAAAAGACAGAGGCCAACUAAACAAAAAAAGAAGAAGCGAAAUAGAAAGAUUUCUUGGCGCUUUUUAAGAAGAAUUUUCAGAUAGCCUUUUUUUGAUCCACGCUGGAUUUAAGUAAGAUCUCUUUUUUUCGAAUAAAUGCCGUGCUCAAAGUGGUUCCGCAAAACUCAUAUCAGCCGCCAGAGAGCGAAUAAGAUAACUAAAUUUUGAAUAGUCAGAAAUUAUUUUAAAUUACCGCGAAAAUUACUUUUGAUCCCAAAAAUCUGAUGAAAAAUGUUUCUUGUGCAGAUUUUCAACCUUCUUUCUUUUGAAUCCUUGCAGCGUUUGUCAAAUUAUCAUGGCCUCUUUCGCGCACGUUCUUCUUGACACGCAUUUCAGUCUUCCGAGCUACAGAACCCUUUUCUUCGAAACGCGAGGGCUGUUUCUGGGCAUGCGCCUUUAAAUUACGGAAACAUUAGGCAAAAUGAAGGAUUCUGGAGCUCGGUGGAAAAUAACAGGUAUCAAGCUUGCCCGGAAUAAGCGAUAUAUACAUUUUUGUAAAAAACUCCUUCUUACCGGUUAUGUUUUUCUUACUGGUUAGAACUUACUUCCACAAAGUUUUCUGCUAAAUAUGCGAUUCCUAAGUUUCCUUGCGAGCUACGCGUUUCAGUAAGCUCCGUUGCAUUUUUCAAGUCCUUGCGUAGGAUCAUUGAACCUUCUUGUGCUCAAAAAACAAAAUAAGGAUUUACAUUCAAGUUUGAGUCAACUUGACAACUUGUAAGGAUAGAUAUACGUCUGAAAAAUCGAAAAAAAGCACUUUUCUUCUGGGGAUCGUGAACCAUCCAUGCUAACAAGGGCUCUCACCGGGUCCACCCUGUAUAAAACCCGUAUAAGCAAAAGCAGUAGAACUUUCGGCAUUUUUUGUUACCAGAGCUGGAGCACCUUUUCAGCUCAGUUGUGUCUCCAAUUUUUGAAAGAAAGUCCUGCUUUUUGCUCCCGUUGUUGCUCCGUUUUAGCACAUUUGAGAUGUCUAUGGUCCAAAUUUACUUCUUCCACUCACGUUCGAAAUUCAACCACCCCGACGCGUAUCGGAACUCUAAAAACGGAUGGAUCCCUCUGCUUAACAACUCAAUCGGGCCGGACCGGGGCGCAACCAUCCGCGACAGUGUCGUCGCCGUCGCAGUCGUCGUCCUCCGCCGAGAGAAAAGUGGGCGGGGCCAAAAAUAAAAGAACCGCCUCCUGUUCGGCGGCCGCCGCCGACGGACCACCGACCGACCCAACCGACUCCUUCCUCCUCGCUUUUUGCUCCCAUUUUCUGAAGAGCAGCAACUCCAAGACGUAAAAAAAUUGAAGCAAAAAAACGUCCGACAAAGAGCCGGUAGUACUGGACCGGCUGGUCUUUGAUAAAAAGUCCAGGAGCGGCUCUCCGGCUUAUAUUAUCCCGAGUUCCUUCCGCCUGCCAUGCGCCUAUUAUUAUCAAUAUUCCUGCUGUUUGUUAAUUUAUUCCAUUUCUGUUAUGCAAAGUUCGUUUUUCUUUACUUUUUUACUUUUUUCUUCGUUCGUUUUCUUUCCUAGAUUGUUUGCUCCAUUGUGACUCAACUUCUAAAAUUGGAAUUUUUCUUUAGAAAAGUUUCUCUGAAAGGUUUUUAGUUUAAGGUUUCUUAGAAUACAUUGCUUUUUUUGAAAUUUUUCGAAUCAAUCAACUUGUUUAUUUUUUUAACUAUCCUUUUUUUGAAGAUUUAAAAAUAUUUUUUUCACUCCAAAAGUUUUUCUACUGACGGAAUCAUUAUUUUUUUCCAAAUAAAAAAAUAAUUCAAUAGUUUUAUGGACUAAUCUGUCAAUAAAUUAUUAUUAAAUGACUUUUAAAAAAAUCUUUUUUUGCUCUUUUUCACUGUAUAUUUUUUUAACUUUGGUAGUUUUUGAAUAAUUCGGAAAUUGAGUAUCAGGUUUUUGGACACAGAAAAAUUCAAUAAAAGGUUUUUUUCAAUUCAUCUAGUCUUUAGAAUCUUUUUAAAAUUGAAAGUAGUUGUAAUGAAAAGAAACUCGAGGGUUUUCAGGAAUCAAAAACCACAAUUCUGAGUAGGGAACUAGAUAAAGAACUUUGAGACAAUUAAAAACUGUUUUCCCGUUCCCAUUUUCUCCAAGGAGUUUCUCGAAAACUUGUAGCGCAGCUUGUGCCAUUAAAAUUUGUUUUUUGAGUUCAAAUGUAGUUUUAUGGACUUCUCGUCUUUAGAAAUUUUUAAUUACCAAACGUGUUGUCAAAAAAUGUUUUGAUUUUUGAACCAAGAAAAGUUUUUUUCUUUUGAAACUUUUCCGAAGCUUUAGAGUAGCUUUAGAGUGAGUUCAACUUUGAAUUCGUUUCAUCUUGAAUUUUUAAAUAAACGAAAGAAAAAUAAUAUUAGGUUCAGUUUUAAACUACAUGCUUCAAAAACAUAUUUGACCCAACAAAAGGGAAAAUUUUUCUUUUUCGAGAUAUCUUUUUGACUAUCGUAGGCAUAAUGAUAAAGAAUGACUCAGAAAAACUGGAAAAAGUUUUAAAAGUUUGAAUAAUUUUCAAAGAGAAUUGCUCUUUGACCCUUCCUCACUGUAUUGUAUCAUUAAAAAAGUUUAUCGCAGAUUCGGAUAUUUUUUUCCUUUUUUUAGGUUUUCAUUUUUGAACGUACGAGGUACAGUGAAUGGAAUUUUUCAAAUAAUUUUCCAAAGUAGUUAUGUUCGAUAUACUUUUAUUUGGAAAAAAAUGGUUGUCUAGAAACGCGGCAGACCCAAAACUACUUUCGCUUAAGGUCCUAGAGAAGAUAAUUUUUUUCAUGAUGCUCAGAACCAUUCGACGUGCGAACAAAGAGUUUCAAAAAUAGAGAAUAUUAGAUUAAAAUAUUUAAUAUAUUAAAAAAAGAAAUCGAGUUUUUAAAAUUUUAAGUAUAAGUCAUCCAAAAAAAUGGUUCUUCAAAAAAAGUUCAAAAAGGGUCCAGGUUUGAUACGAGGUCCCUUUAAAAGGUUCGAAAAGGUCAAUUUCAAUAAGAGUUAAUUUUAUAUUUUUAAAAGGUCCAGUUAAAUAAAAGGUCGUUUUUCAAAGUUUUUCAUAACCAAUUAUCAAUUUCGAAGAUUUUUACUUAAGAAACGGCUUUCCAGACGGUAUUCGGUGCUGCGGCUACAGCCAAAAGAGCAAGAUCAGAUCGACUUCCUGCACAAUGUCUACAUGAACGACGUCAAGGUUCGCUUUCCAAUUGUAGUUUUGGCGGCCCCCUUUUUUUCUGUCUCUGUGUUGUUUCACGACGUUCCGCCAUCUGUGAAAAUACGAGUUGUCGAAUCUCAGAAAAAAAGUCACACCCGCGUAUGUUUCGCGGGCUUUGACAGCUUUCUAGGAAGAUUGGUUGAACUUGGAGAAUUUUGAAAAAAUAUUUUUUUGUAAAUAUUUUUUUGAUUUUUUAAGUUGUAAAUUGAGCUUUCGAGCUUUUAUUUUUGCUUCCUAAAACCAAUCAGUGUUAUUUUUCAACUUUUUUUCUCUUUUCUCGUUAAGAAAUCCUUUUUUCAGAAAUUUUCUUUAGAAAUUUUUUCAAAAUUCAAAAAAAGAAAUGCGAAUGAGUCAUACUUUGAGUGAUCCCUCUACCCUUGAAGAAAACUUUGAAGUUUUAUUUAUUAGGGUUUUUUUACAUUUUUUGCUGAAUUCCUCCUUUUUUGUCAGGUUUAAAGAAAGCUUCAUUACGAAGCUGCAAGAUUCCCACAAAAAUGCAUGGAAUUUUGUAGGAAUCUCUUUUUUUUCAUACUCUUUGAGCCUUCCUUGAAAGUUCACAGAAUCUUUUUUUUUUAAGUAGCCGAGGAUUUAUGAUGACAAGAAGCUUGAAAAAGAUAUUUUCGUUUUUUUUUUCGAAUUUUUGAAAACUCUGCGAUUGGAGCUAAAAUGGGGGAAAUCCAGUUUUUCAGUGGAAAUUUUAAACUCAACAUUUAUUACAAACAACUAGGAGUUGUAUUUUGUUGUUGAAUUCUCUAGUCUAUGAAAAAAACUCAGAAAACUUUUUUCUUUUCGAAAAUUUUUAUCGGUGAUGGUGAAAAUCAAGGUCUUUUCGGCACAAAUAUCUUUUAUGAAAUUAUAUAGUCCUUGCUUUCCCCUUUUUUUCGAGCGUCAUUUUUCCAUUUUUUAAGCUAUCCAAACUCAAAAGAAAGAGAAAAAGCUUGAAAAAAACGAUAAAAAAAUUUAUCCGGUCUCGAACUUCUUGAAAAUCGAAUGAAAAAUCAGUGAAGUUUUUGAAAAAAAAAUCUUGAACUUACCCCUUCAUAUCAUUUUUGAAAAAAUCUUUCUGAUGACGAAUCAAUUAACAUGCAUUUGAAAAAAAAAGGAGCGAAAAGCAUGAUUCAUUCUCAGCUGGCGGUGACUUUUCUAUCAAAACUAUGAUCAUGACCAACUGGUUUCAGGCCUUACACAUCUUGUUGUUUUUUUUGUUUCUUAUCGGAUUUGGCGUUCGCCGCCGAUGGAUGAAACAGUUGUGUAGCCAUUGCCAUGGUUUACAGCCAUGUAAAAGAACGGCGAUCGUUAAUCAUCGAAAAGUGAGAAAAAAGAACCCGUUAUGAAGGUCAAGUUCAAUUGGAGUGAAACAUCUUGGUCGCGUUGGCGAAGUGAAGAGAUUUUGAAGAGAAAAGAUAUCUGCGAGGUUAUCAACCUACAGAUUUAUCGCUUAGGAGCAAAAUAUCUACUUUACUUGAUUCGAUUUUUAUUUUUUUGUAUUUUUCUGAAAACGUCCUUCUUCAACCAAAAAAACAAGAAGAUUAUGCAAAAACUUUGUUUUUUUAAAUUUUUUUAUUUCUCUGAAAAUUUUUUUCUAGUGGACCGAUUGUACAAAAAAACGACUUGCUCAAAUUUCAAAAUAUCAAAAAAAUGUAUUUUUGACAGGAAGAAACUUUCAGUCAUAAUGGACAAAAAAAUAACUUUUUUUCUUAUUAUUCUUUCGGUUCACAAUAAUAUAUUUAAAUUAUACCGCCGAUUUUUUUAAUGCAUUUUUCACAAUGAAAAAUGCUUUUGAUUUUAUCAUUUUGCCAUUUUUUUGGACAUUUUUUUGGCCUGCUCAAGGCUUUUCAAGAAAGAAAAAAAUAUUCAAAAAAAACUUCAAGCUUUUCAAGGAUUUUUUUAUCUUCAAGUUUUUUUAAAUGAAACUUAAAUUUUUUUCUUUUUUUGUCUAUGAAAUUUCAUUUUUUUAUUGUUUUACUUUUGACUUAAUUGAUUUUUCAGCUGAAAACAAGCUUUUUAGGUCUAAAUUACGCUCAAAACCUUAAUCUUCCAGUUCGAUUUCUGGAAAUCGCCAUCAGAAGUUGGGAAGGAGGUGCACGUGAUGUUGCCGGACGACGUCGAGGCCAAAUUUCUGCCCCUGCUCGACGCCAGGAACAUCACCCACUCUGUGAUGAUCGCCGACGUCAAAAAGUUUAUUUUUUCUUCAGGUGGAAAAAUGUAUCUGGCUUUCUUUUUUUUCUCGGAAACUGAAAAAGCAUACCAACAUUUCUUGAACUCCUUGGUUGGGUUGCGGCAGGGAUCGAACAUGAGACCCUGGGGACCACAGUCAGGCACACAACCUGUUGCGCUACGGCGUGUCGAGAUACGAACACAGCCAAAAAAUUGUGGAUUAGAUACGAAAUUGUCAUUUUGUAGCCUUCUUAGCUUUCACAGUCUAUAAUGACCUCUCUUUUUCGGAUAUCAGACUUAAAAUCAGUGCAGAAUAGAUACCAAAUUAGGCCACAAAGUAGUUCUCACAGGUCUUAGUGGCCACCAUAGUGGAUCGGUUUCUCCUCCCCUCUCUUUUUUCGGAUACUAAACCACCUGGCGGCUAUCAAGUUCUAGUUGGAGACCGGGCUUUCACUUGCUCUUCCGAUUCGGGCCGCCGGCAUGUUGGCAGCCGCCAAAACCUGUCCAUCCAUUCGCCCUCAAAAAGUGAUAUAUCACACAAAAACACGGCAAAACGCGACCAAGGGUUUUACAAAUAGCCGUGGAUUUAUUUGGUGUCAUGUUAAAGUACAUUUUGGACCAGAUACUAAUUGAAAGGUUCGGAAAUUGUUGGAAAUCGUUAAAUGUUGGAAAUCGUUACUUGAAAAGGAACAUUGUACAGGAUUUAUUGAAUCUAUCUUCUUUCAAACAUUUUUAAUGGUGGCUUUAAUUUUUCUUAAGUCUUCCAAAAAAGGUUGAUUUUUUUUCUUAUAGGGCACUCUAUACUUCUUGAAAAUCUUCAGUUAUUUAUUUUUUGUAUGAUCCACGAGGAGGUCAUUCUCCUUUUCGGUUGAGGUUUCCCUGAAAUUUGACCACAAUACUUCUGGAGGUACCAGAUGAAGAUUAUUAAAUUUUCAACCUGCAAAACUUUCUAUUUUUCGAAAAAGAACAUUUUGAAUCCGUGGGCAUUAGGCCCUUAUUUUCGAAAACUAGAAAGUUUUGCAGGUUGACUUUUAAACCUUCUUUUGACACAUCAAAGAAUUCUACGGCUGUUUCCCAGGGAAUAUCCAACCACAGAGAAAAUUUACCGAGUUAAGACCAUGAAUUUUAAUUUUCAAGUUUUUCGUUAAUUAUAAGCUCCAAUCUUGUGAUUUUUUUGAGAAGAAAUGACUUUUUCAUUCGAUUUUUCUUAUAAAUUUUAUAUGGAUUAUUUGAAGAGUCAUCGAAGAGCAACAACAAAAACGGAUAAAACUCCGGAAGCAGGUGCGGAUGAGGGAUUGGCGGGAAGGAAAGGUUUGUUGAAAACAAUUUUGAGUCAAAUUUGGAUGUUUGGUUUUAAAAUUAUCAUGGAGAUCAUUUUUUUCUCAUUGCUCUACAGAAUUUUUGCAAAGUGCAGUGCCUAUGGCGGCAUUCUGCAAAAAAGCUUCAUGCAUUUUGCAAAUCAGUGCUUUGCAUUUUGCCCAGAAGAACCUCGCAUUUUGCAUUUCUUUUUUGGCUCACUUUUGUACAGGCGAAAAAAAGUGCAAAAUGCGAGGUACUUCUGUGCAAAAUGCAAAGCACUGAUUCGCAAAAUGCAUGAAGCUUUUUUGCAGAAUGCCGCCAUAGGCACUGCACUUUGCAAAAAUUCGGUAAAGUGUCAACUACAGUCAAAGUUUACUUCUUCGAAGAAAAAAUAAUGGUAUGAGGGCUUUUUUGGGAUAAUUUGACAGCCUAUUGCUUAAAAAUAUUGCUCCCUUUAACGUAUCCUUUUUUUAUCAAUUCGACAUUUAUUUGAUAUCAAAAACUGUUUUCAUUGUCGUUUUUGAUUUCACGACAAUUUUUUUUUUGUAUAACUCUUCCCGCUUGAUACUUUCCGAGACUCAAAAAAUUGAUCUUUUUGUAUCGAGUGACUUUCUUGCUUUUUUAAAAAUUGUUCAUAUGAUCCAAAAGGCCAGUUGACUCUAGGUAACGAGAGUUCAAUAAGAAAGUACCGACUAAAAAUAAUUUCUAAACGAAAAGGCAGCACUUAAAUGACAACUCGGGUGAAAUUCAAGAAAAAAAUCCUCUGAGGCUAUGAAAAAGUGGCUCAUAAGACUUUUUCUCAUCAGAAGCUUUAACGGAACCUUUUCAGCUUCUACGAGGGUCCUCAGAGGAACUUUUUUGUUUCACACAUAGGGCAAAGACUGAAUUCUGUUCAAUUUAUUGGCUUGAUAACAAAACUGAAGCAUAAUCAUUCAAUUUUUAAGAAUCUGCCUAAACUUGACUUACAGUCCAGGUUUCCAAAAAAAAACUUUUAACGGCACUACGAUAAUAAAGUAAAAAUGUUUUCAAGAUUUUUGGAUUGUAAUUGAAACAGAAGAGUUCAGGUGCAAUUCAACCUGGCGCAGUACCACUCGUUCGCCGACGUGAUCAACUACCUGAACGCCUUGGCCGUGACGUACCCCGACCGGGUUUCAGUUCAACCGAUCGGAACGACUCAUGAAGGACGGCAGAUUCCUCUGAUCAAGGUUUUCUUUCGUUUCUAAUUUUGAAAGCUAGGAAGCACUGCUCAACAAGAGAGCAUCUAGAGAGAAAAAAAAUACCCGCACUCUCAUUUUUGAACGCUCUCUAGUUCACUAAGAUUCAGACUCUUUUUUAACAUUGCCGUUGCAAUCUGGUAUUUUUCUUAUUUUUGAUUGACAUCGAUAUUUGGAAAUCUAGAGAGCUUUGGAAAACAAGAGAACGUUCAGAGAAAAAAGUCUGUCCUCUCACUUUUUGAACGCUCUCUAACUUAUAUCAAGGUUCCUGAACAGGAACUUCCUGUUAAAAUCGCAAUUUAGUAUUCUUCUUCUUUUUUUUCUAUCUUUGAAUCUUCGAGCCUCGACUCAUUGAAAGUUAGUAAGCACUUAAAAAUCAGAGGGUUUAGAGAAAACGCCUGCCCUCUCACUUUUAAACGCUUUCCAACUUUCGGCUAUUUAGACUCAUUUUUUUUUUUCUGUUCCUAUCGCAAUCACUUCCGCACGGGUCGUUGAAAGACGCGAAACAGUUGCGCAACCGAAUCGGGCGUCCGAAAAAGACAAACAAAUGCACGAGUUUUGACAAGGCGACGCGAGUGGUCACUCACUUUUCGUUUCUUCUUUUCGUUCAAUGAUGGUUUCGAGGAAGAGAUGAAAACUGGGGAGCUUCUCUGGGAGUCAGAGUUUCAUCAAAGGUUCUCGGAGAUGAGGAUGAAAUUUACAGUCAAACCAAGGAGGCUUGAAAUUGAACUCCUCAAAUAUUUACUCGAGAUUGAAAGAAUUCUUUUUUUUUAAAACUUAUUCCCUUUUUUCAGUUCUUUUAAAUCAUGCGAAGUAGCAAGGAGAUUUUUAAGUUUAUUAUCAGGGCAGUUUGUUAUAUAGGUUAUAAGGUAGUUCAUUUAUAUUUAUUGAUAGUUUUUCAAUUGGAGUUUUCUACAAAAAAUAGUCUGUUUCAAGGAGAUUCGGAGGCAUCGCAAAAAUUCAAAAAAAAACUUUUUUUCUAUUCUUCAACUUUUAUAAAAAAAAUGGUAAAGCAUAUAUUUUAUAAAAUGAAUUGUACUUUGAAGAAUUGAAAAAAAGGAAUAUCCGAAUUUUCUUAUUUAUUUUUAGUUCAUGAAUUCGAGAAGCGAAUGAGCGUCUUUUGCGCUUCGGAUCAGAUAACUUUUUUAUGUUAUCAGUGCAUCCAAACUUUCGAUUGACCUGUUUUCCGAGGACUUUGAUAGAUUAUAACGCACUUUUCCCAACGAAAUUUGCGGAAUGGAAAAGAAUUUAGAACUUAUGGGGAUCAAGAGAAAUUUUCAUUUAUUUGUUGUUAAAAAAAUGGUUCUGGAGCUUUUUUUCCAUGAUUUAUGUAAUGAAAUAAAUUCUUCAGAUCACCAACAAACGGUCGGUUGGACAGAAAAGAGGGAUCUGGGUGGACGGUGGAAUCCACGCCAGAGAAUGGGUUUCGCCUUCGACUGUUCUGUACUUUAUCCAUCAGGUAUAUGCCAAACUCGAUCAAAACUCAAUGGAGGAACUUUAAAAUGAACCCUUGAAAUUUUGUAAAACCGGAUCAGCGAAUUUCAUCGGCACUCUCAAUUUAAAUUAGUAAAAAAAUUGCUCACCCUUGAUGGCCUCUUGAAAGAAUGACCCUUGAGUUUGUCUUUUUAAUGAAAUAACCUGAAAUUUUCGAGUACUCUUAUUGUCUGUCUUCGAGUUGGAAAAAAAAAAUCAAAACUAAAAUGUUGUGUACCGUAAUUUUUAACACUCUUGAAGUUGAACAAUCUCACAAAUUUCUCGGUCUUUUCAACAAAAGUCGACCCUUGAAGGUCCCUGUUGUGAAAAAAAACCUGAAAUUGUUGCAAUUUUCGACCUACUUUAUCAUUACUUCGUUAACUUUGUUUUUUUAACUAUAUAUAUAUUUUUUUAAAGUCGACUUGUAAACGAGUUUUUUUGCGAAUUUUCAAAAAAAUGGUUGACUUUUUAGCGCUGUUGAUUUGAACUAACAAAGAGUGUCAUUUUACUAUGCGUUUGGAAGUCUUGAAAAAUAUUAAAAACUGAUCCAAACACACAUUUUGCCCAUUUAUUCAGAGAAGAUUCUCUACUGAAUCAUGGGAUGAUGGAAGAGUAGUUUGUGGGUUUGCAGUUGCUCAAGAACUGCGAGUAGAAAAUGUCGUCUUUCUUUUGAAAGUAGUAGAAGAGUUUUGAGCAGUCCAAAGAUCAGCUGCUUCUAUAUGUAGGAAAAGUACGGCGCCUGGUCCGGGAUUGGCGGACGUCGGAUGAAAUCUCAGGCGAGAGCAGACAGUUAUAACGCUUAUUUUCAUACUGUAAAUAUAUUCUGCAAGUUUCAACUUCCAAAAUGUUCUUGUUUCAAGAAAGAACACCUGAAAACCCUCAAAAUCCGUUUACAUGAGCUAUUUUAGGGCUUCGAGGAGGAGAAGUAAGAAUUUGUGCCGGUUGAGAUUUUCAGGAUAGUUUUCUGGUAUAUCACUGAGCAUUAUGGCCAAUUUUCAACCCCAAAGUGAAAUUGCUUUCCUUAUAAGACCAAAAACUCCUCUCAACUGGAGGCCACUGACCCUCCAAAACUCUUGUCGAGAAAAAUAACCUGAAAUCGUUUUCAAGUUGGUGACGCAAUACGACAGAGACGCGCAGAUUCGGGGGUUCGUCGACAGCCUCGAGUGGUUUGUCGUGGAAGACGGUUUGGAGAGGCCAACCCGUUUUGUUCAGGUACAUCGUCCCGCUGCUCAACCCCGACGGUUACGAGUACAGCCGCAGUAGCAAUGACCCGGAAAUCCGGCUGUGGCGCAAGAACCGCAGCCCCGCCAAGUGCAUCCAGCAGUCCUCUGGUGAAUCGAGACUUCUUUCCGAAUAUUCACAAACUUUGGUGAAAAAACUGAGCGAAACUCUUUGAUAAUCUUGCUCAAUGAGCCGGAAACGUCCUCCUGUGAAUCGAAACUUUUUCCAGGGAAUGGUCUUUGGACGCAGUGGGACUUCUAAAUGAGACCAGCUUUUCUAGAUGUAGUUUUUCACGCUGAUUCCAAAUCUGGUCUCAAAAGUUGCCCAAUACGUCUGUGAAAAAAGUUAUGAACCCGAAUAUUCAAAAAAAAGUUGCUAGAAAACUGAGCUCUUUUUCAAAAGUAAGAGGGGGUUUUCUUACGCCUUUUUACUGUUAUACUGAUCAGGGAAAAUAAGAAAAUACGAAAAUGUGCUACCAGCAGGUGAACCAAGAGUCUUUCUCAAAAGAUGCAGAUUUUUCGUAUUUGUCAGAAGAUUGAGCGAAGAUUUUCUAAAAACAUGCCCAGAAGUUCAAAAAAUAUUUUUAUUCAUAAAAUGUCUGGAGAAUGUAAGAAAUAAAUAUUUUACUUCAAAUCGAGGUUACUAAAAUGGUUUUCAAAACUCGAAAAAAGGAGCUCUUCUUAAAAAAAGAAGGACUUUUGUUUUGGUAGAAGAAUGAGCAGAGUUAUUUGAUAGCCAUGGCUUGAGUUUGAAAACCGUUUUCAGGAAUAUUUUGUACAAAUCUUCUUACAUUCUAGACUAAUCUAGAAGGACUCUUUCAGUUUCAAUAAAACAAGUUUUUUUUCGAUCUUCAAAUUUAUUGUCAGUAGAGAAGAGAUUAGUUGAACUUUGAUGACGGAAAAUCAAGAUUUCGAUUUUAUAUAUUAUCUCAGGCCUCUUCCAACCGCCAACAACCACUUGCUGUCAAGGCGUUGAUCUUAACCGCAAUUUUGAUUGGUUCUUCGGACAAGUUGGAUCAUCGACGGACCCAUGCUCAGAAAUUUAUCAGGUUUUAUCCGAACCCAUAGGCUAAAGGAAUCAGAAUUAGUUGGAAGAAGAAAAUUCCAAACUUCCCGUAUAACUUUCAAGCUCGCUUUAUCCAUAAUCAGGCUUCAAAAUAUUUAUUUUUUUAGCUUAAAAAAAGGUACGAUAUUUAAAAAAAGGCUUGAGCAAAUUUAUAAAAAAAUUCAAGCGUUAUACAAAAAAAUAUAUUGUAAAGCUUUUUUCGAAGUUGUGUUACUUGAAAAUCACAAAAAAAGAACUAAUUUGUAGAUUUUUUUAAAAAUAUUUUUUUCCUGGUGAUUUUUUUAGACUUUUUCAUUCUGUAAGCUCAUUUUUUUCUAAAUAAGAAGUUUUUUUCUUCAAUGAUAAGAAUUUUUGUCAGAACAAAGCAAUCAAGAGAAUACAGUUGGAAAAAAACGAAAAAAAUGAGAGAACGUGGGAAAGACAAAAAAAAGAAAAAAAAACUGAUUUCAAAGAGAUCAGGGCCUAGUUGAUUUUUACUGAAGGAUAUCACUUUUUUAUUUCAUCUUUCUGUUCCAGGGAGAAUUCGCCUUUUCCGAGCCGGAAACCUCGGCUGUCCGAGAUUUCGUCCAGCGCCACCGCAUCUCGACGUUCCUCACUUUCCAUUCCUACUCUCAGAUUUUGAUGUACCCCUUUGGCCAUCAAGUUCGGACCUACUCCAACGACCUCAAUGACUUGGUUUCAACAGAAAGUUCGAAAGUUGAAACAUGAAAGAUUUCUAGCGAUCGACGGCUCUUCUGGCGUCCCAGGCGCUCCGAAGCGUUUACAAUACCCAGUACAAGGUCGGAACCGGCGCUGACACGCUUUGUAAGCUUUAUUUUUGCAAACUCAGUGAAGAAAGCUUAGAAUAUCGAACGGAGAGUUUUUUUCGAAACUCGUAUUAUGUCCCGACGAAAAACAAGUUGCGCGCUCUGACGUUGAAAACUAGACUUUUAAGAUCUCUGACACUUUCAGAGCCGCUUCGAGCCAUUCCAAAUGCAACUGAACAAUUUCUUUGGAAGAUUCGAAAAAAUGGACUUCGAAUGAUAAUUCUCAAACGCAUUCAAAAAAAUUUUCUAGCUUGGUUCAUUUUUCGAUUUUGUCUAGAACAUGUCUUAUUUUUUGAUGAAGUACCAGCUCUCAAAAAAAAAAAAAUCAAAAAAAAGGAUAGGUUUGAGUAUUCUGGUACAGCAUUUGAGAAAAUUUUUAAUUUUGAAAUCCCCCGGUUGAUGAGAGAAACGUUUUGUCUGAAUAUUUUUGAUUUCAAAGCAAAUAAAAAAAUCUACUCUUGAUUGAUACUUUUUGAUCUUCAAACGAUGCUGGAAAGUUGUACUUCAAAUUUAUUUUUCAAAAAAAUUUCCCAGUUCUUUUCACGAACUCUCAAUCUUUUCGCUCUCCUCUUCAAAAACCAAGUUUGAAUAGAAAAGAAGAAAAAAAUGUUGGCAGACCCGGCAUCCGGCGGAUCCGAAGACUGGGCCAAAGGCAAGGCGCACGUCAAAUACUCGUUCCUCUUCGAACUCCGACCCGAGGAACAAGUCUGGGACGGUUUCCUUCUCGCCGAGAAUCAGGUUUGAUCUCUAAGAUUUUCGUUCCUGAUUAAAGUUGUGUUUGCCUGAGAAAAAAUCAACAAAAUGGAAGAAUAGGGACAUUUUAUGGAUAAGGAAGGAAGUUUUCCAGAUUCUUCCAACGGCUCGUGAAACCUGGGAAGCCGUGAAAGUCAUCGCUCAGCAAACCCUGAGCCUUCCCUCCAAUGUCGCUCGGUCACCGUUGAAAAGGUAAAAAUAAAACUGGUUUAUUAAGACCUGAAACUGAAAAUAGAAUCUCAAGUUUCAGGUUUCUAGGUGGAAAAAAGUAACCUCUUAAGUGCGCACUUCAUCAUUUCCAUGACAUCUUAAAUACGCCCCUCAACGUUUCUAUAAUCCUUCAAGUGCUCGCUUCAGCAAUUCUAGACCUCUGAAGUGCUCACUUCAGCAUUUCUAUGAUCUCUAAAGGGACCACUUUAACAUUUCUAGGGUCUUUUGAGUGCUCCCUCCAGCAGUUCUAUGACCUCUUAAGUGCGCACUUCAGCAUUUUGAUGAACUCUUACGAGACAUUUGUGUUUCCACGACUUCAACUCCAUUUUCAGGUGCAUCGAUCACGACUCCUUGUGCGGCUCUUGGGCUCAAGGCGGAGCCUGCGAAUCUUGGCCCGAAAUGCGACAAAGAUGUCCCCGUUCGUGCAAAGUCUGCACUUAA